AGUGGUUCUCCUGGCAGGUUCUACACUCAGAGAUGCCGACUGGCUGAGGCCACUGUGGGGAGGCCCCAAGCAGGGGUGCCCUCUAGCUCCCUGUGGGUGCCUCUGAGGAGCCAGCCUGGCAGACCCCUUGCCUCGGUACUUGUUCUCCAAGGAUGGACGGGGCCCCAGUAUGGGCUGGAUCUGGAAACAGCAUGUACACACCCCUUCCCCAGAGUGGCUCUCCAUUCCCGGGCUUGGUGCGCUCUCCUGGCCUGCACAUCUGGCGGGUGGAGAAGCUGAAGCCAGUGCCAGUAGCUCGCGAGAACCAGGGCAUCUUCUUCUCGGGGGACUCCUACCUUGUUCUGUACAAUGGCCUGGAAGAGUUCUCCCACCUGCACAUGUGGAUAGGCCAGCAGUCAUCCCGAGAUGAGCAGGGAGCCUGUGCUAUGCUUGCCGUGCAACUCAACACCCUGCUUGGGGAUCGGCCUGUGCAGCAUCGAGAGGUGCAGGGCAAUGAGUCCGACCUCUUCAUGAGCUACUUCCCACAUGGCGUCAAGUACCAGGAAGGCGGAGUGGAGUCGGCAUUUCACAAGACCUCCCCAGGGACCACCCCAGCUCCCAUCAAGAAACUCUACCAAGUGAAGGGGAAGAAGAACAUCCGUGCCACAGAGCAGGCGCUGAGCUGGGACAGUUUCAACACUGGGGACUGCUUCAUCCUGGACCUGGGCCAGAACAUCUUCACCUGGUGUGGUGCAAAGUCCAAUAUCCUGGAGCGCAACAAGGCGCGGGACCUGGCCCUGGCCAUCCGGGACAGUGAGCGACAGGGCAAGGCCCGGGUGGAGAUUGUCACCGAUGGGGAUGAGCCUGCUGAGAUGAUCCAGGUCCUAGGCCCUAAACCUGCUCUGAAGGAGGGCAACCCUGAAGAAGACCUCACGGCUGAUCAGGUGAAUGCCCGCACUGCAGCUCUGUACAAGGUCUCUAAUGCCACUGGGCAGAUGAACCUGACCAAGGUGGCUGAUUCCAGCCCCUUUGCCCUGGAGUUGCUGGUAUCUGAUGACUGCUUUGUGCUGGACAAUGGGCUCUGUGGCAAGAUCUACAUCUGGAAGGGGCAAAAAGCUAACGAGAAGGAGCGGCAGGCGGCCCUCCAAGUGGCUGAGGACUUCAUCUCACGCAUGCGGUACCCCCCAAACACUCAGGUGGAGAUUCUGUCCCAGGGACAUGAGAGCCCCAUCUUCAAGCAAUUCUUCAAGAGCUGGCAAUGAAGGUGGGCAUUUUGCUGCCCCCUACCUGCUGACGUGCUUGCUCUUCCUUCAGCUGCCUGGUCAGUGCUGAGGUGCCUUGGUGAUGCUCAAUAAAGGAGACAAGGACUGUC